AUGGGCCUAAACGCCAACCGCAGCCGGCACGACGAACUUGGUGUCACAGACAAAGCUCCGAGGAGUAUGACAAGGAGACCGAAACGGAGUCAGCUGUCAAAGAGACAUCGGCCGCUCACUUUCUCACCAUUUGCUCGGUCGAUGGCUAUGGCGGCCUCGAGCAAGAAGGCCAGGCGGGGGAUUGAGGAAACUAAACAUUCUACAAAUUCGGCUGACAAGGGCAAGGAUAAAAGGGAACAUUGUGACUCUUCUGAUAGUGAAGAAUCUGAGGGAGUUGUUCAAGCGGACUUUGUUUUCUUUGAUCCGAAACCUAGUGAUUUUCAUGGAGUGAAGGUCCUCCUGCAGACGUACCUUGAUAACAAGGUGUGGGAUAUCAGUGGCUUUGUAGAUUUGAUAUUGGGACAACCAACUGUGGGGAGUGUGGUCAAGAUAGAGAAUGACGAAGAUGAUGGAACAUAUUCCUUUGUUACUGCUCUUAAUUUAGGAAGAUAUAAGGAUAGCAAAUGUAUCAUUGAGCUGAAGGAUUACCUUCUUAAAGUGUGUCGGGAUAUGGAUGUAAUAGCUAAAGUCAAGUCUCUAGUUGGAGAGCAUGCACAGGAUGUUGGUCUUAUGAUCUCUCAGCGUGUUGUAAAUCUUCCACCUCAGCUUUUACCGCCUCUUUAUGAUGCUCUCUUCGAUGAGGUGGAGUGGGCAACUGAAGAUGAGCCGACAAAGGAGCUCCAGAAUUGCUUUCGCUUCAAAUAUUAUCUGAUUAUUAGCAAAAUAUACAAGCACAAGAAUGCAGACAAGAAUAAAGGUAUAACCAAAACUGGAGAGGAAAAUGUAAUUUACGUGAAACCAGAAGACGAAAUUUUCUAUGAGCUUAGUCUGUGGUCCUUCAUAUUUCCUUUGCAUGCCCAGCAGGUCACAGAUAAUGAGCUUAAAGAUUAUCGGUUGAUGGGUCUGGUGAUGGCUAUUGAAGCUAGUAAAGUAUCUAUAUUCCGAAAAAGGCUGCACUCACUGAUAGCUGUAUGA